GAAGAAGAGGAAGAAGAAGAAGCAGAAGCAGAAGAAGAAGCAGAAGAAGAGGAAGAAGCUGAUGAAGAAGCAGAAGAAGAAGCAGAAGAAGAUGGCGGCGGCCCGCCUCCUCCGGCCCGCUGGGGGCAGCAGAGCAGCAGCAGCAGCUUCUCUUGUGAUGAAGAGUCAGUGUAACAGUCUUUGAGCCGCUCGAGCCAACAGAGAAACUGUUAAACUGUUACAAACGGACUUUUUAACACUUUCAAUCGCUCAACAUGUCGCCAGAACACACGGUUUAUCGCUGAGGUUUUCUGGAUUUGUGCAUCUGAACCCCAGAAAACGGAACUUUCACGAUGCUUUCGGUUGUUCAGAGGAGGAGGGAGGUGGCCUGCCAGUGGGAGGGUCCAGAGGAGCAGAGGAGGGAGGUGGGCUGUCAGAGCGAGUCAGCAGAGAGGAGAGACGCUGCCGUCCAGGUGGACCUGCUGACUCAGCAGCUCUGCUGGGGACACACAGGUGUGUGUGGUGUGGCGUGGCGGUGUGUGUCUGUCAGAGCGGAUGAACCAGGAGGGGGCGCCCUGCUGCAGCACUGCAGCGCACACACACCGGACCCGGGACAGCACAUACACCACAGCCCCCCCCUCUACCUGCUGUGCCCCCCCCUCAGACACACACUGUUCGGACCGCCUGCAGACCUCCUGCAGACCACCUUGUUACCCAGCAUGCCUCUGUGCGGCGUGUCCCCCACAGGAGGAGGGAGGUGUGAAGCUUCUCCUCCCCUGACUCCUGCAGACGUCUCAGCUCCUCCUUCUGGACUCAUCGCUCCUCUGAGCCCCCGCCUGGCCGAGGAGGAGGAGGAGGAGGAGGAGGAGGAGGAGGAGGAGGAGGAAGGCUCGUUAAAACACGAGGACAAUGAGAGUUUCCGUGGUAACGGACGGUCCACAAUAACAGCACAGAAGAAGAAGAGGCGGACGUCCCAGCGGGGCGAGCCGACCAAACCGACCAAACACAUCGCGGGAAGAGUUCAGCCCGGCGCGAGGAGACCCGGCAGCACCGCCCGCCGUCAGAGGAAGACGGACGAUGAUGAGAAGUCGCAGCCCGACCAGCGUCACGACGCCAUCCAAUCAGAAGCGAGGAGCUCCAUCACAGAGACGCCUUCAAAAGCCAACAGCAGGACGCGAGGAGAGACGCGGCAGCGCUGCAGGAAGGGAGGCAUCAAAACAGGACGACCUGCAGCACAAAUCCAACGCGCCCGGGCCGAGGCAGGACGACACAAAACCAUGGUGAAGAAGAAGGAGGAGGAGGAGGAGGAGGAGGAGGGAGUCAAACCUGUGAAAACGGAGCAGGAGGGGAGGCCGAGGAGGAAGGCGGUCGGUCCACCAAUCAGGUACCUGAUAGAGUUUGAGGAGCGGUCACACGGCCCGUCAGCGGCCAAUCACAGCAGAGCGAGGGGAGCGAAGGUGAAAAGGAAGCUGGGGAGGCUGAGCAAGGAGCAUCGGGAGGAGGAGGAGCUAACAGAGAGGACCGGCAGCAGCGGGGUGGAGUCCUCGGAGGACGGAGGAGUGGGCGGAGGGUGGCAGCUCUGUCAGGUGUGUGGUCUGACCUUCACCUGUCAGUCGUCCCUGCAGCUCCACCUGCCCGUCCACAGAGCAGGACGCCGGCUCGGCCGCGCCAGCACCCUGCGACUGCACCGUCGCCACGGCGACGGGCCGGCGCCCGGCGGCACCCGAGCUGCUGAUGACAAACGGGACGAGGACGUCCUCCUCCCAGCUCCCACCAAGGAUCCUGAUUGGUCAAAACGCAGAAAGCGUGUGCGCAGAAAUCCCUGGUGGUGGGUCGACUACCGAACCACGAUGAGGAGGAGGCGCGACGUAGAGAGGUGGAGGAGGCUGCAGGAGAGAGAGAGAGGAAGGGAGGGGAGAAAGAGGGAGGAGGAGGAGAGGAAGAAACGAGUGUAGAGAGGAGGAGGAGGAGGAGGGGAAAGAAGAGUCUGGAGGAGGAGGAGGAGGAGAAGAAAAAGGAGGAGGAGGAGAGGGAGGAGGAGAAAAGGAGGAGGUGAAACGAGUCUGUUUGAAGGAGGAGGGGGGAGGAGAGAAGGAGGAGAGGGACAGACAGGUGGAGGUGGAAAAGGAGGUGGUGGAGCAGCCUCAGAGGCCGAGGAGGAAGAUGGUCGGCCCACCAAUCAGAUACCUCCUGGAGUCAGAGGCGCAGUCACAUGGUCCUGUAACAGCCAAUCAGGACAGAGGGUGGGGAUUUAAACAGGACAGAAAACCACAGAAGAAGAGCGAAGCCAGAGGCGGAGCUUCGGACGACACAGCCGUGAUUGACAGGCCUGAGGACGCAGAGCAGACAGACAGGCAGGCAGGUUGGACAGUCACAGAGAGACAGACGGGUUUGCACAGACGGACUUACCUGGUGUACGUAGACCUGCAGAGCGGCCAGGUGAACAUCAUCUCCCCCUGCUGUGUCAGACUGCAGCGUCUCCUCUGAUUGGUUGAUUAUUGUAUCAACAGGUGAGACAGGAAACGUGUGUUUGUAUGUGUAGCGUUAAAGGUUCUAUUUGUUCUAUGAGGUUCUGCUCACGUUCUUAAAGUGAAGUGUGAACACGGUCUAUUCUCUGCCCGUCCACGACUCACAGAGAGACAGACAGGUCAGAGAGAGACAGACAGGUCAGAGGGUCACAGAGAGACAGACAGGUCAGAGAGAGACAGACAUCACUACGUGAUUUAUACCGGGACUUUUAUUGUGGUAAUCUAUUCAACACCACAUGCAGACUUUUAUUGUGAAAAUCACGUCUGUCUCAGAGGUUAUUUGUCAGAUUGAAGCCACCAAAGUGAGAUUCAAUGAGCUUUUAUCAGAUUAAUAUUAUUUAUUGAUCAACAGACUGAAUAAAGUGACACAGAAGGUCGAUAAGUUUCCCAGAA